GUAUGAAGGAUGAAGGAAUGAAAACGUACAAAUAUGGUUUGUGCUUGCGUUCGACCUGCUCCAAUUCAGGAGCAUCUAAAAUAUAGAAAACAAUAAUAUGCAACAUUGGAGAUGUGAUGAAGGCUGGAAAACCAUCUAAUGUACGGUCUGCAUCAAAGGCGAGUUUUGACGCUUCAACGAACGUUUCACACUUGAGGGCAGGUGCUUUGAAUUCUGGUGAAACGAGAGAGACAACUAAGGCCCCAAAGCCAUUAGAAAUUUUAACUGCAUCAAACUCUAGACUCAGUUUUCCCACGAGUUUCUGGGAACCAGGAGUUCGCAGGGAUCCCGUUCUUGCCACCAUUCAAAAUGCUCACGAUGAGAUUAGUGACAGAGGUGUAGUGAUUAAAUUGAAAAAUGCUAGGCCAUCUGAAAUUCGAGCAGCAUUGAAGGCUAGCCGUGCCGCUGUCAAGGCUGAAUUAGAACAGCAGAAGGCUGAUAAAGAUAAACAACAGAGUUUGGUUAAGGAGCAACAAGGGGCUUACGUGAAAAUGAACAAAAUCAGAGCGGAGAUUGAAGCAAUCAAACAAAAGGAGACUAAAGAAAAAGGAUUCACGACGACUGAUAACGGUGGAUGGGAUAGGGGAAAAUUCUCAAGCAGCAAUCGUAUGGCCCCUUCCCCUCAAAAAGCUAGUGAAAGCGACGAGAGAGGGGUAGUCAAUAAUUUCAAAGAAUUUAGAAAGUUCAGUCUUCGAGAGACAAUCAGGGGAUCAACAGGAGGAAAGAUUUUGGUGAGCUCACCAAACGUAGUAUCUGAGAUGCAACGAAGAACCAGUAAAAAUGAUCGAUCAUUCUAUUCAGAUCAAUCAAAAUCGACAGAUCACCAACCAUCGUUGUCUACCUCAGAAGUUCCAAAAGUGCGUGAAACUCCGACUCGUAGUCUACCGAUGACUGCCCGGAGAGGUUCUACCUCUCCGAUAAAACAACGGCUGUUUCUAGCAAGGGAGGGAGACGAGAAACAUAAUCUAGAAGCCCAACGAAAAAAGCUAGAAGAAGCCAAAGGCUAUUUUGAUGAAGGAUAUCAGCUCUGUUGGAAAUUUCAAGACUCUCGUCGUGUGAGUGCGAUUUCUUUUUGUCGAGGAAAGCCAGAUUGCGAUCACAAUUCAAAUUUUGACGACUCUCUUAUUGAAAAACGAUGUUACAUUUCUUUUCUCAACAAACCUUUUAAUUCGAAUUUGAUUUUAAAUAAUGAUUUUCAGGCGUUAGAGCAAUAUCGAAAGGCAUUGACGGUGAGAGAGGGUCUACUGGGAAAAUACCAUGACGAAACAGGCAGGUAAGAAUCAUCCAAUAUACUUUGAUCGGAAAAUCACUAUCUUCUGGUCAUCUCCGCAGAUGGUUUAGUCGGACGCUAAAUUUGCUUUGUCAUCUAUUUUUGUUUCUCUCAAGAACCUAUUAUUGGAUUGGUCGGUCACUUUGUAAGCUUAAGGAACACGAUGAGGCCCUUGUCGCUCUCUCUAGAUCGUUGCGUAUUUUUGUUCGUGUCAUGGUAACAAACCAGAAGUACUUAACCUGGACGGAAGUUGCUAUAGAUGAGGUCUUCAAGACCAUGGGUGCCACCCAAGCAUGUCACGAUUCGUUCAAGGCUGGAAUUGAUGCAAGUAUUGCUCACGAAAUCAAAGGGGACGACUUCACGAAGAGUAAGAAGUACGCACAAGGUAAGGCAGAUGUGUUAUAGUAAUUCUAUUGAUUUGCGAUGAAACUUCAAAGAACUAAGUAGAAAAUCUUGUGAAUCUCUUAUUAAAGCUAUUGCUGAGUACCGUAUGGCGAUCGAAACGAUUCAAAACCUUCAUCCUGAUUCUGCAGACUUACAUAGCAAGAUUGCUAUCAUUCUACGCGGAAUGGGAGAAAUCGAGAAGUCUCUUGAAGAGAAUAAGUCGGCUCUUGAAAUAUACGAGUUAUCGCUUGGGCCAGAGCAUCCUGAAACGGUGAGGGCUCGUAACCGGACAUUAAGAAAGAAACGACUGAACCAACUGUCAUUGGCACUGGAAGAAAAGUUGAAUACGGGAAGCUAAAACAUCCUGCAACAUUCAAUGAGAGAUCAAAUGUAACGCAUUUUGUGUUCUUCGGGAUAUUAUAUGGUUGCCGUUAGAGCAACUACAAUAUCCUGUAAAUUUAAUUUCACAAGGUCUCUCUGAAAUAAUGAGUGACAUGUGCA